AUGGCCUCCGCAGGGACUCAUCCUUCCCCGGCCGCUGCCGCCGCCGCCCUGGGCUCGGCGCCGCCGCCGCCUCCUCCGCCCCCCGCGGCGGGGAUCCUGAUCGGGGACCGGCUGUACUCGGAGGUCUCGCUGACCAUCGACCACUCGCUCAUCCCCGAGGAGCGGCUCUCGCCCACCCCUUCCAUGCAGGACGGGCUGGACCUCCAGGCCGAGACCGACCUGCGCAUCCUGGGCUGCGAGCUCAUCCAGGCCGCGGGGAUCAUCCUUCGCCUGCCGCAGGUGGCGAUGGCGACCGGGCAGGUGCUGUUCCAUCGCUUCUUCUAUUCCAAGUCCUUCGUCAAGCACAGUUUCGAGAUUGUUGCUAUGGCCUGCAUCAAUCUUGCGUCCAAAAUCGAAGAGGCGCCUCGUCGCAUAAGAGAUGUGAUCAAUGUUUUCCACCACUUGCGGCAGUUGAGAGUUAAAAGGACUCCAAGCCCAUUGAUACUUGAUCAGAACUACAUAAACACCAAAAAUCAAGUAAUCAAAGCAGAAAGGAGGGUGCUGAAGGAAUUGGGAUUUUGUGUUCAUGUCAAGCAUCCUCAUAAGAUCAUUGUUAUGUAUUUGCAAGUGUUAGAAUGUGAACGUAACCAAACUCUCGUCCAGACAGCCUGGAAUUACAUGAAUGACAGCCUUCGAACCAAUGUGUUUGUCCGAUUUCAGCCAGAGACAAUAGCGUGUGCUUGUAUUUACCUUGCUGCUAGAGCUCUUCAGAUUCCUUUGCCUAAUCGUCCUCAUUGGUUCUUGCUUUUUGGCAUUACUGAGGAAGAUGUUCAGGAGAUAUGCUUAACAACUCUUAAGCUGUACACGAGAAAGAAGCCCAACUAUGAAUUGCUUGAUAAGGAAGUAGAAAAGAGGAAAAUGGCACUACAGGAAGCUAAACUUAAAGCAAAAGGAUUAAACCCUGAUGGGACACCGGCUCUUUCAACACUGGGAGGUUUUUCACCUGCUUCUAAGCCCUGUUCUCCAAGAGAAAUAAAAGCGGAAGAGAAGUCUCCAGUGUGUAUCAAUGCAAAAACGAUCAAAAAGGAACCGGAAGAUAGACAAGUGGUUUCCAAGAGCCCUUACAAUGGUAUGAGAAAAGAAAGCAAGAGAAGCAGAAGCAGCCGAAGUGCCAGUCGAUCAAAGUCGAGAACAAAGUCACGAUCUAGAUCCCAUUCUGCAAGGAGACAUUACAACAAUAGGCGGAGCCUGUCCGGAACCUACAGCUCCCGAUCGAGAAGCAGAUCGCGGAGCCACAGCGGCAGUCCCCGGAGGCAUCAUAAUCAUGGAUCUCCCCACCUGAAACCGAAGCAUAGCAGGGAAGAGUUGAAGGGUGCAAACAGACACGGGCACAAGCGGAAAAAGUCUCGUUCCCGCUCCCAAAGUAAAUCCAGGGACCAUUCGGAUGUGGCCAAGAAACACCGGCACGAACGGGGACACCACAGGGACAGGCACGAACGGUCUCGCUCGUUUGAGCGGUCGCAUAAAGGCAAACACCACAGUGGCAGCCGUUCAGGACACAGCCGGCACAGGCGUUGACUGUGAAGCAAAACUGCCUUAGUCGUGCUUGCAUAUUAUACUACGUAUGAGACUGUUUGAAACUUGAAGUCAAUUAGGAUUUGAUUUGAAGCCCAACAUCUUCAAUGUGUAG